AUGCCACCGCCGCAGUCAUCGUCACCGAAGGAGGGCUGCGAAUCACAGAAGGCGGAGUGCGCACUGCGUGGUGAUGCCGCUGUAGCGGCCGUGCCUGUACGUCGUUUAAGUUCCUCAUCACUACGCAGAGCACAACCCACGGAGGCGGCAGAAACGACCGCACCUUCGACGUUGCAGGUCCUGAGGUCGCCUUCGCGACUUCUAGGUCAGAAGCGACAUGUGCCAGGAGCCCUUCAGCCACGCUGCGACGUGGACACGACGCCUGCAGUGGUUCGCGUUGGGGCUGCGCGCUCUGUGACUAACACAGGUUGGUUUUAUCCCUUACGCGCCCUGGAGCGGCAGCGCCAGACAGCGGCAGAUGCGUACAUCCCCUUCACCAUCGUUUCUGCGGAAGCCGAGUCUUCCCAGCGAGCGCGACUUGGGCUCACCACAAUCGCAGUGGACUCAGGUUGCUGUGGCGGCGGAGGCCCAGACACCCUCACCACUUUGCCGCUUCUACGCAGCGGUCCCGUAGGAACCUUGAAACUCUCGGGGGAGAGGCGUGUGCCGCCGCCCUCUGUCAGGCAGAAGCCAGGUGUGGAUGCGGUGGUACCCGGGCAGGACCGCUUCUUCACCGCUGAUCGCAUUCGCUGGACAUCCUUAGCCGCAACAGAACCACCGCCACACAAGUUCAGGAUUCAUGCGCAUCGAUCGCGACCGUGUCAAAGUGAUGGUUCUCGCUUCCCAGCGACGCCUAUCAACGGCUCGCGUCGCGGUUCUACUGCGUGCCCCUGUACUCGGGGUGAAGGGAUCGACACGCUGGCGGUGAACGUUGAUGCAGCAUUCCUAACGCAGAGUACUCCGGCACCGAUACCAUCGUUGCCGGCGCUACCGGGCGCCGCGAGCUCGGAGGCAUACGCCCACAGCAUCUCUGUGCAGUACGCGCGGCUCCAUCGUUUGAUCAGAGGCUACCGGGCCUCAGACCACCACGUCACUGUCGCUUCCCACGUGGCGUCUGGCGAGGCAGCAACGGUGUUGACACCAGAGAUGGCGACGAAUACCCUUUCCCCACGACCGCCCGCCACUACUAGCGCCGCUCGGUUAACAUUUCAGCCGUCUGUACAUUCACCACGGCGCUCUUCCGUCUCGCUCGCAGCACCACCCAACUUCCUUAUCACUACGCCCGGAGUGCAGCACGCAUGCCAUUCGACUGUGCAGGUAUGCAGACGGCCUUUCUUCGCCACGCUGACCCCCUCCACGUCUAGGGCUAUAGAAGCACCCCUGACCGGAGCACACAAAGCCUUUCCUCAGUUUCUAACCGAUCAAGAACAGCCGCAACCACACGGCGUCUGUCCCAGCACUAACUCUCAACGCCCCAUCAUCAGACCUUUUGCGCCUACCGACGCCUCUCGCGGUACACCCCACUACACCCGCAAUGCCAGGGCCCACUUUCAGCGAAACUGUGCCUCCACCCGAAAUAGGCACCACCAUACCCUCUUUCAGCGCGAGCAGCACCAACGUACCCACAUCGCCGCGAGUGCCUCCCACGCUAUCAACACCCUACACGGCCUGCACAUCCGCUACCGCCAGUACGUAGAAUCACGUCUUACUCCCUGCACAGAACCACCCGCAAUAGCCUCACAACGCCAAGCGCAGCAGCCCUUUGCCUCUCUCGAUUCUCCCCACGUCAGCCAUAACGUACCACAGCGCCACAACACAAACCCUCACAUCCCCACUUCGUUUACACAGCAAACCCUAUACAGUGCAGUGCACACCGCCGCCGAGGAGGCCGCUGCGCCGGAGGCUCUGGUGCUACUGGAGGAGACUUCGUGCACCGCUGCCGAGGAGGCCGCUGCGCCGGAGGCUCUGGUGCUGCUGGAGGAGACUUCGUGCACCGCUGCCGAGGAGGCCGCUGCGCCGGAGGCUCUGGUGGUGCUGGAGGAGACUUCGUGCACCGCUGCCGAGGAGGCCGCUGCGCCGGAGGCUCUGGUGGUGCUGGAGGAGACUUCGUGCAGCGCUGCCGAGGAGGCCGCUGCGCCGGAGGCUCUGGUGGUGCUGGAGGAGACUUCGUGCAGCGCUGCCGAGGAGGCCGCUGCGCCGGAGGCUCUGGUGGUGCUGGAGGAGACUUCGUGCAGCGCUGCCGAGGAGGCCGCUGCGCCGGAGGCUCUGGUGCUACUGGAGGAGACUUCGUGCACCGCUGCCGAGGAGGCCGCUGCGCCGGAGGCUCUGGUGCUACUGGAGGAGACUUCGUGCACCGCUGCCGAGGAGGCCGCUGCGCCGGAGGCUCUGGUGCUGCUGGAGGAGACUUCGUGCACCGCUGCCGAGGAGGCCGCUGCGCCGGAGGCUCUGGUGCUGCUGGAGGAGACUUCGUGCAGCGCUGCCGAGGAGGCCGCUGCGCCGGAGGCUCUGGUGGUGCUGGAGGAGACUUCGUGCACCGCUGCCGAGGAGGCCGCUGCGCCGGAGGCUCUGGUGGUGCUGGAGGAGACUUCGUGCAGCGCUGCCGAGGAGGCCGCUGCGCCGGAGGCUCUGGUGCUGCUGGAGGAGACUUCGUGCAGCGCUGCCGAGGAGGCCGCUGCGCCGGAGGCUCUGGUGGUGCUGGAGGAGACUUCGUGCAGCGCUGCCGAGGAGGCCGCUGCGCCGGAGGCUCUGGUGCUGCUGGAGGAGACUUCGUGCACCGCUGCCGAGGAGGCCGCUGCGCCGGAGGCUCUGGUGGUGCUGGAGGAGACUUCGUGCACCGCUGCCGAGGAGGCCGCUGCGCCGGAGGCUCUGGUGCUGCUGGAGGAGACUUCGUGCAGCGCUGCCGAGGAGGCCGCUGCGCCGGAGGCUCUGGUGGUGCUGGAGGAGACUUCGUGCAGCGCUGCCGAGGAGGCCGCUGCGCCGGAGGCUCUGGUGGUGCUGGAGGAGACUUCGUGCACCGCUGCCGAGGAGGCCGCUGCGCCGGAGGCUCUGGUGGUGCUGGAGGAGACUUCGUGCAGCGCUGCCGAGGAGGCCGCUGCGCCGGAGGCUCUGGUGCUGCUGGAGGAGACUUCGUGCAGCGCUGCCGAGGAGGCCGCUGCGCCGGAGGCUCUGGUGGUGCUGGAGGAGACUUCGUGCAGCGCUGCCGAGGAGGCCGCUGCGCCGGAGGCUCUGGUGCUGCUGGAGGAGACUUCGUGCAGCGCUGCCGAGGAGGCCGCUGCGCCGGAGGCUCUGGUGGUGCUGGAGGAGACUUCGUGCAGCGCUGCCGAGGAGGCCGCUGCGCCGGAGGCUCUGGUGGUGCUGGAGGAGACUUCGUGCAGCGCUGCCGAGGAGGCCGCUGCGCCGGAGGCUCUGGUGCUGCUGGAGGAGACUUCGUGCACCGCUGCCGAGGAGGCCGCUGCGCCGGAGGCUCUGGUGGUGCUGGAGGAGACUUCGUGCACCGCUGCCGAGGAGGCCGCUGCGCCGGAGGCUCUGGUGGUGCUGGAGGAGACUUCGUGCAGCGCUGCCGAGGAGGCCGCUGCGCCGGAGGCUCUGGUGGUGCUGGAGGAGACUUCGUGCACCGCUGCCGAGGAGGCCGCUGCGCCGGAGGCUCUGGUGGUGCUGGAGGAGACUUCGUGCACCGCUGCCGAGGAGGCCGCUGCGCCGGAGGCUCUGGUGGUGCUGGAGGAGACUUCGUGCACCGCUGCCGAGGAGGCCGCUGCGCCGGAGGCUCUGGUGCUGCUGGAGGAGACUUCGUGCAGCGCUGCCGAGGAGGCCGCUGCGCCGGAGGCUCUGGUGCUGCUGGAGGAGACUUCGUGCAGCGCUGCCGAGGAGGCCGCUGCGCCGGAGGCUCUGGUGCUGCUGGAGGAGACUUCGUGCAGCGCUGCCGAGGAGGCCGCUGCGCCGGAGGCUCUGGUGGUGCUGGAGGAGACUUCGUGCACCGCUGCCGAGGAGGCCGCUGCGCCGGAGGCUCUGGUGCUGCUGGAGGAGACUUCGUGCACCGCUGCCGAGGAGGCCGCUGCGCCGGAGGCUCUGGUGGUGCUGGAGGAGACUUCGUGCAGCGCUGCCGAGGAGGCCGCUGCGCCGGAGGCUCUGGUGGUGCUGGAGGAGACUUCGUGCAGCGCUGCCGAGGAGGCCGCUGCGCCGGAGGCUCUGGUGCUACUGGAGGAGACUUCGUGCACCGCUGCCGAGGAGGCCGCUGCGCCGGAGGCUCUGGUGCUACUGGAGGAGACUUCGUGCACCGCUGCCGAGGAGGCCGCUGCGCCGGAGGCUCUGGUGCUGCUGGAGGAGACUUCGUGCACCGCUGCCGAGGAGGCCGCUGCGCCGGAGGCUCUGGUGGUGCUGGAGGAGACUUCGUGCAGCGCUGCCGAGGAGGCCGCUGCGCCGGAGGCUCUGGUGCUGCUGGAGGAGACUUCGUGCAGCGCUGCCGAGGAGGCCGCUGCGCCGGAGGCUCUGGUGCUGCUGGAGGAGACUUCGUGCACCGCCGCCGAGGAGGCCGCUGCGCCGGAGGCUCUGGUGGUGCUGGAGGAGACUUCGUGCAGCGCUGCCGAGGAGGCUGCAGUGGCGGGGGCGUAUGAAACUGGUGAUGUGGAGAGCUGUAAUUUGGGAGGGAGUGUUAACGGCGUGUGUGAUAAAUUUUGUGAGAGGAGCGUAUGGGGAGGUGGUUUUUCUGUUGGAUGGAGUUGUAGAGGUGAAGAAGAGCCCGGGGUCAUUUUGUGUAGCUAUCGUUGUGGUGUUCCUGAGGUGGUGGUGGAUGCGGUUGGGAGGGUGGUGAGUGUGUGUGCUGUAUUUCCUGACUUUUCGCUGAGCGUGUGUGGCGAAGAAAGGGGUGUUGGGGCGGUAUUUAGCGAGUUUUGUGGCAUCCGUCGCGGUGUGGUUGUAGACAGUGAGCAUGUUUUGAGAGGACCUGGCUGGUCUGGGUACUUACUCGCAUAUGCCUCACAAUUGCGCGAAUUGGUCAUUGCGGAUGUUUGCGCCACGCUGGACUGCGCUGCGGUGUGUGUUCGGAAUGUGCACAUGUACGCGUGCGCUGCUGGAGUAGCGACGCGUGACGAUGACGGUGUAGCUCAGCAAAGCGAGGAUGAUGUAUUGCGCAUAACAGUGGACGUUAUUCAGGAGGCGACGUCGGCACUGCAUCCGCUCGGCGGGGUGCGGCCUGUGAUUGACGGCUGCCGAUUUCCGUAUCUUCAACAAUGGCGGCGUAGUCGUGAUGAGUGGCGGCUCAGCGGUGACGGAGUGCUGUAUGACGCAGGGUCGUCGAAUUCGGCUGUUACGAUGCUCUUCGGCAGCAUGAAAGGCGACGCGAGUGAUGCUGGAGAGCGUGGGGUAGUAUUGCCGUUGUGGGCGUACUCUGUCAGAGACGCGGCGCCGAUUUCCUCGCGGCCUUCUAUGGUGGUGCGAUCUCGACUUGCGUUCUCGCGAGUGGCCGACUUGCCGGAGGGGCGAAACAGCAACGCAUGCAGCUUUGAUUUGAACUGGAAUGUUCACCAUGACAGAGUUCUGGCCGAUCCCGAAAAGCGUGAUUCAGCCGACGGGUUGAUGGAAUCGGAUCUGCUGCAAGAAGUCCGCAUGUGUCAACUCACCGCUUCAAUGCAGGGCGCAUCACGACUAUCACCAAUGCAGCCCUCGCGAUCGACGGCCUUGCAGAUGGCAACACCGUUCGUCACUGAGGAGAUCAUGGUGCAGGAAAAUGGAAGGGCGCACGGCUUGUUAGCUUCUCGUUCCUCUGCUACCCCGCUCAUGGCGUCCACAGAGACGCUCAGGAUGGUGUCGCGGCACACUGAGAUGGCGGUCUCGCCGAAAGAGGCGUGGCCCGAGACGAAGCGGAAGGGAUUCCUCUUUUGGAAGCGCAAGCAGAAGUGA